UACCCAUCCCAGUCACUAUGAGCUUUACCCUGCGCAGUAUCAGAGCCGUCAAAGCUGUCAGAUCCCUCUCCACCUCCGUCGCGUCUAGAAACGGUGCCGUCGCCCGCGAAGUCAAAGUCGUUUCAUCCUGUCCAGCCGGCACUCCAUUGAACCUCAAGUUCAAGAAGUCCGGUGCCGAGCCGGCUGCAUUGGAAGACGCUGAGUACCCAGAAUGGUUGUGGACCCUCUUGGACAAGGACGCUCAGAGAGCUGCCUUAUCCGCCUCCGACCCGAUCAAGCAGUACAGAAAGGACCAAAGAGCCAGAAACAUCAAGAAGAUCAAGGAGCAAAACUUUGCGGCUGAAAUGAAGUAGGUUUCGUAACAUGCAUUAUAGUGGAAUUUCCAUCCGCCCUCUUACCACCCACCUCCUCCCCAACGCUCUGUUGGCCUGUAUAUAUAUUGCACCUAUGCUCAAAGAAUGAGCCUACCUGCUACCAGUAGGGAUUUACAGUAUAACGAAAUGAAUCCGAAACAUGUUUACCGCUGAGC